AUGGAGUGUCUGGCGUGCCAGUGCUGCCAUGCAAAGGCCAUUGCCGCCACGUCCCUCCAGGCCUCAUGCUUCAGGCAACGGUUUCUCCCUGCAACACAGCAAUGUUCUCAUCGAAGAAGGUCUUCAGGGUGUCGUAGUCCCGAGCACCUGGAUGGUAGUGUGCGAGAACAUGUGGAUGCGUGUGCUGGCGCCAAGGGGGGAGCAGCCCUGCACAUGCAGGGUCAAGGGCGGCACCGCACCCUACUCACUCCUGAAGCUCUCCUUCUGCUCGCCAUUGAAGUAGAUCUUCAAGCUUGGGAAGCCAGGUACCUGAGGGGCGAGUCCAGUGUGUAUCGGCAUCGGGAAGGAGACUCCAGCGCACGCUCCCACGACAUGAACACCGCAAAUCUGCUGCGCACAUCACCAGUGAUCAACUUGCCUUGGCCUUGUUGCAGACAGCCUUGUCCUUGGUGCAGUCCACAGCAACCACAGCUGCCUCUUCACUGCCUUCAUAGGCCUUGGCGAGCUUCUCCCAGGUGGGCGCCAGCUUCUUGCAGUGUCCACACCUGCAGAGGGGCAACCAUAUGA